GCAGGCAGUCUUGCGGGCCGUAGUUAAACUCAAACGGGCCGUAUCCGGCCCGCGGGCCGCUAGUUGAAUAGGCCUGCAUUACACCAUGGAACCCUAGUGAUGCCGCUUCUUGUGUUUGAACAAUUUAAUCAUCAACCCGUAAACACAUCACGACGAUGUAUUUAAUGUUGACUUGACCACAUUCUGAAAAUAAAUGACUCCCAUGUGACACACCAGAAACAAUUCAAUUCAGUUUAUUUGUAUCGCCCAUCAGAGUGCUUUACAAUCUGUACACAUAGACAUCCCUGACCUUUGACCUCACAUCGGAUCAGAAACAACUCCCAAACAACCCUUCAUGGGGAAAAAAGUGAAGAAACCUUCAGGAGAGCAACAGAGGAGGAUCCCUCUCCAGGAUGGACAGGUGCAAUAGAUGUAAUGUGUACAGAAUGAAUCAUUACACACACAUUAAAACACAGUAACAACACAAUUAAUGAAUAUGACAGUCAUACAAAUAUAUAAUUUGACAAAGUGACACAUCGCUUAUGGUAUGCCUUAAGGAGUUAAACAAAGUUAGACAUUGACAUUCAUCAAAGUUAUAUAAACAGGGCAUUGAAUUAAUAUUUUACAAUCCAUCAAAUUAUUUGGCGGCUACUUUUAUUUUGAAAGAGCGCGUUGGUAGACUUACAUUUGUCAACAGAAGAACCGUGUGCAAAUCAGAUUGGCGGGUGAUGCUGUAACCAUGGAAACAUCCAACUGAAAAAGCGUUGUAGCCUACCGACAUGACGUCCACACAAAGAGAAGUCUUUACGCGAGUGCUAUCUGGGGACCUGGAGGGACUGACGGAGCUGCUCGACCGCGACGCUGUCGCCGGGGGGUCGCCGCAAACGGACCCGUGCGGAGUGACGGACGAGAUGGGGAGAAACGCGCUGAUGACCGCCUGCAUGCUGGGGAGGAGCGCCAUCGCCCGAGUGCUGGUGGACCACGGGGCCUCGGUCAACGAGCAAACCGUCAGGGGUUACUCCUCGCUGCACCUCGCCGCCUGCUGGGGCCACCUGGACACCGUGAGGGUCCUGCUGGAGCUGGGGGCGGACCCGCUGAGCCAGACCUUCACAGGGCAGCGGCCCGUGGACCUGGCCAUGAAGUACUGCAAGACGGACUGUGUGGACUGUCUCCUCCUGGCCGAGGCUAAACAGGACCUGGCUUCAUAUGUGGACCUCGUCCGGGACCUGGUCUCUGACCCAGAGAAGAGCCUCACGAAGGAGGAGAAGAUCAUCUGCACUAAUGCGUGCUCCUCCAAGACGAACUGGAUCGAGACGGUCGGAGGCCCGGCGGCCUCAGACUUCACGGCCCAGAGGAGACACAUGGAGGACGCUGUCCGGCCGGUUCUGGACCGGCUGUCCGCUCGGGGACUCCUCCCGGAGCAGCAACCCCCCGCCCCCUUGAUGAACGGCCCGCAGUGAGCAGGAUGUGGCUCUCCUCUCAGAUCCGGUUCAACCUCUCUUGUGUUGUUGCAGUUGUUAUGCACCUUUUUUUAUUUAUUCAGUAAUCAGUCCCACUGUUGCCCUUAUCACCCGCAUUCAACAGCAGCCACCUCAGAUCCAACCUCCAGAACCUUCCGUCAGUCCCUCACACUCGCCUUAAAACUCGAGGUGACCGAGCUUUUGAGGCAGCGGCACCAAAGCUGUGGAACCUCGAAGGAUUUCAGAUUCCACAGCUUCAUUUAAACUAUAUCUCAAAACUCACCUGUUCACACUGGCACUCGGUUGAUUUGAAUAUUCUAUGGACAAGCGGUUUUAGGCCAUAUUGUUUUUUGUGUUUUUUUAUUCACCAUACUUUGCUCAUUUAAUAACUGUUGAUAUGUUUUGGCCUGUUAUUACCAAAUAGUUUUAAUUGACUCCUGUACUGCACUUUAUGAUAAAUGCAAAAUAAAUAAACUUUACUAACUAAUUGAA